AUGUUGAUUGUCCGUAAUAUCACUAAAACGACUAUACGCUUUAAUGUAAGAUAUUUCUAUUCAAGUGGAAAACUUCAAAACUUUAGUUUCCCUCCAAACCGUAGCACUAAUGCUAAGAAGGGUAGCAGGAGUGGUAAUGGAAUGUUUUUAUCAUUAGAUUUAACAGAGCCAGUUACUCGUAAGGAUUCUGUUGAACGUCUGGGGAAAGAUAUGAAGGGUAAUAGUAGCACUAGUAGUGAUAACAUAAAAGUGGUCGAACCAAGAUUUUUGAAACAAUUCAGUACAGAAUCUAUAUAUGAUCCAUUUGAUUUUUCUUUAGCAAGAAUCAAUUUAGAUAGAAAGUUUGGUGAGAAUAAAAAGCCGCUGAAUAAGAUCAAUCCAUUGGAUUUAUAUUUAUACCCUGAAAUAUUGUCCAAAUAUGUUUCAUCUACAGGCAGAAUUUUACAUAGGGAUGUGACAGGUUUAUCUCCAAAGGACCAAAGAUUAAUAUCCAAGGCUAUUAGACGUUGUCAAGCUAUUGGGUUAAUGUCUAAAACGUCAAAUAAUUAUAAUAGAUGA